AUGAAGGCAUUCGGAACUGCCGCCCUCGCGGUAGCAGCUGUCGCCUCGGCGGUCCUGGCACAGGAGUGCGCCGACGUGCUCUCCCCGAGCUAUACUGCUCCCCAGGUCGCGCCCGGUUGGCAGGCCCAGCUUGUCGCGACCGGCUACAAGAAGCCGCGGACGAUCCACGUCGACAGCGAGGGCGCCCUGCUGGUUCUCGACGCCGCCGUGGGUGUCUACCGCGUCACGUUCCAGGACAAUGGCGGCACCUGUCUCAAGGUGAUGGAGAGCAAGCUGCUGGUCAACAACACUCGUCUUACGCACGGCAUGGCCUUCUCGGACGACGGCAAGACUCUGUACGCCUCCUCCGUCAGCCAGGUCCUCGCCUGGGCCUACGACGCAAAGGCCGGCACCGUCAACGCCGAGCCCGCCGUCGUCGUCGACAACAUGGCCAACAACGACCAGACGACGCGCACGCUCGUCAUGUCCAAGGCGUCCCGCAACUGGCUCGUCGUCUCGCGCGGCGUCGACGAGAAUUUCGACAUGGACGCCCUCGACGCCUCCUCGGGCCACGCCCAGGUCAAGGCCUUCGACCUCGGCAAGGCCGGCAACGACCCCUUCGACUUCAACACGGAUGGCCAGCUGCUGGGCUGGGGCAUCCGCAACGCCGUCGCCGUCGACGAGGACCCGGCCACCGGCAACGUCUGGGCCAUGGACAACUCCAUCGACGACAUCACCCGCAACGGCGUCGACGUCCACGACAACAACCCGGGCGAGGAGCUCAACCUGCUCGGCGCCGUCGCCAACGACACGAGGACCGAGAACGGUCCCGCCAACUACGGCUACCCGCGCUGUUUCGCCGUCUGGGACACGUCCAUCCCCCUCAACGACUCGCUCCGCGUCGGCGACCAGUUCUCCAUGGAGCAGAACGCCACCAUGAACGACACCCGCUGCCACAACGACUACGUCGCCCCGCGCCUGACUUUCCAGUCCCACACCUCGCCCGUUUUCCUCAAGUUCGCCAACGACGGCUCCCGUGCCUUUAUGUCGUUCCGCGGAAGUUUCAACCGCCCUGACCCCGUCGGCUACGCCCUCACCGCCGUCGACUUCUCAAACGGCGAGCCCGUCGCCAGCAGCGACUCCACCGACGCCCUCAAGAACAUCAUGUACAACAAGGACCUGUCCGCCUGCCCUGGCCAGUGCUUCCGUCCCGUCGGCCUGGCCUGGGACGCUCAGAACCGUCUGUUCAUGACGUCCGACUCGACUGGCGAGAUCUACAUCCUGCGCCAGGAAGACGCUACGCCCACGUCCACCACCCCCGGCACCUUUGCCACGCCCACCGCCACGCCCACCGCCAAACCCAACGCGGCAAGCGGCGUUGCCCCUUCGCUCGGCCUGGGCCUCGGGGCGUUGGCCGCUGCUUGCUUGCUGUCUCUCUAA